CGGAGGAAGGCUACUAGAACGCACGCGCUAGUUUGAGGCCGUGGUCUCGUGGACAAGUUGAAGAUGGCUGCGGCUCAGGCGGUGGACGAGAUGCGAAAUCGCGUGGUUCUAGGGGAGUUUGGAGUCCGCAAUGUUCAUACCACUGACUUUCCUGGUAACUAUUCCGGUUAUGAUGAUGCUUGGGACCAGGACCGCUUCGAGAAGAAUUUUCGUGUGGAUGUAGUACACAUGGAUGAAAACUCAUUAGAGUUUGACAUGGUGGGAAUCGAUGCAGCCAUUGCCAAUGCUUUCCGGAGGAUUCUAUUAGCUGAGGUGCCAACUAUGGCUGUGGAGAAGGUCCUGGUGUAUAACAACACAUCCAUCGUCCAGGAUGAGAUCCUUGCUCAUCGCCUGGGGCUCAUUCCCAUUCACGCUGAUCCCCGUCUGUUUGAAUAUCGGAACCAAGGAGAUGAGGAAGGCACGGAGAUAGAUACUCUGCAGUUUCGUCUGCAAGUCAGGUGUACUCGGAACCCCCACGCUGCUAAAGAUUCCUCUGACCCCAACGAACUUUAUGUGAACCACAAAGUGUACACCAGGCACAUGACAUGGGUCCCCCUGGGGAACCAGGCUGACCUCUUUCCAGAGGGCACUAUCCGACCAGUGCACGAUGAUAUCCUCAUUGCUCAGCUGCGGCCUGGCCAGGAGAUUGACCUGCUCAUGCACUGUGUCAAGGGCAUUGGCAAAGAUCAUGCUAAGUUUUCACCAGUGGCAACAGCCAGUUACAGGCUCCUGCCAGACAUCACCCUGCUUAAGCCUGUGGAAGGGGAAGCAGCUGAGGAGUUAAGCCGGUGCUUCUCACCUGGUGUUAUUGAGGUGCAAGAAAUCCAAGGUAAAAAGGUGGCCAGAAUUGCCAAUCCCCGGCUAGAUACCUUCAGCAGGGAAAUUUUCCGGAAUGAGAAGCUAAAGAAGGUUGUACAGCUCGCCCGGGUUCGGGAUCAUUAUAUCUUCUCUGUUGAGUCAACGGGCGUGUUGCCACCGGACGUGCUGGUAAGCGAAGCCAUCAAAAUACUUAUGGGGAAGUGCCGACGGUUCUUGGAUGAACUAGAAGCAGUUCAGAUGGACUGAGGUUUGCCCUGAAGUUAUCUGAUGGCUGGGCUUGGAUGCUCCCCUGAGGCAUGCUGAAGCUUUGGGUUCUGGUCUGCCCUACAGGACUGCUAUAGAGAGCCCAGUGUGACUAAGGGUCCUGAGUUUCCUAGGACAAUUCGAAUUUUAUUUUGAAUCAAUACAUUUUGUUAAAUGUGCCCAAAAAUGACUCUUACAUCUUUGUAAGGCCUUUGA